AAUAACUUCCAAAAAGGCGAAUGUUAUACACCGGCCCAGCAGAGGAUCACUGAAGGUGAGUUUGGCACGAAAUUGAUUGACCCUACAGAUAAAAAAGUAGGUAGUUGACAUGGCAAAUUAGCAGAUCUAGCUUCUUUUAUAGUAAAGCGAACAUAUGAACUGAUUUCUUUGUCGCAAUUUGUUCAUGGCGACGGCGAAAUUCACAUUUUUGAAUGAAAAACAGAGUGCCAACAACCCAGAGUCAAGGGAGCGAUUGGAAUUCGAACUUUAUGAGAGAAUCUGCCUGAAAUAAUCAAAUUGUAUACUCUAAUUUGUGUCUUUUGAAACGAUUCGAAAUGAAAAUGACUCAAAUUGAUUUUGUGUUGUGUCUGUUACUUAGUACUAUUCGCUUCUGGAGCGAUUACUAAUUUCUUAUUGGAUAAGUUCAGUAGACUAGAACUGAUUUAAGACCUCAUUUGAGUCAUGUCAACCUACGAACUCACCAAAACAGAGGCUUCCCAAUAGGUUUUUGGAGUCCGGUGUUUACCUUAUAUUUGAAAGCUGGGAUUCGGAUUUUAAGGCAGAAUGGGGAUGCACGCAGUGUUUCGGGAUUGAAUGUAUGCACGGAAAGCGAGACGUCAGUGGCAGAUCCAGGAAAAUUUGAUUUGGCGGGGGGGUCCAAAGUUUGGUUCAGAAGGGACUGUUGAACUUUUUUGUGACCAGCUGAGAAAGUAGAGACGACCACUUGUUUCUCGACGUGUGAACGCCGGUCGCCGUUGGUGCGGGGCCAUACUGCUUUGCGAACAGAGGCGAACAGAUCAUAGGAGGGUACACAAACAGGCGCGGACCCAGACCGGUUUCCAACGUUUUACGGAAAUCGGUCAGAUUUUUCAUAAUAAAUAUAUUUUUAAUAAAAAAACUUUCCAGGUUGAAAUCUGGAAAAUGGAUUGGACAAAUACUUUAUCCGAGGAGAAUUGAACUGGCCAAUAUCCCAUCUGAAUGACUCAGAAACCCAGGAAAGGGGACUUGAGGGAGUUAAAAUCCAAAAAAUUUCCUGGGGGAGCAUGACCCCGUACCCCGCUAGAAGCUUCGGCCCUUGUUUAGGAAAUCGGUAAGUAUUUAUCCUAAAUCCGCGCCUGCCAAAAACGAUUACGACAUUUUGGAAUAUCCCUGGAAUUUAAUUUAGUGACAAACUGAAACUCCCCGCGGCAACGCACGUUUCUUUAAAAACAUCAGCCAGUUAAAAAGUGAUAUAACCAGUAACAGUUGACACUACAGCUGCCUCCCCCCCCGCCCCCUCUGUAUUUUGUCUGUCAAUUACCCGGUCGUUGGUAGCUCUUUGAAAAUACCGUUCAUUAAUGAAGAUUUUCACUCAUAUUCCAUACAAUUGGUCCAUCAGCUGAGACCCGAAAAUUUGGGUUUAAGGCUCACUGAAGGGGAACAGCCUAAACAUGUCUAAUCUUAAUCAUUGACUAAAAAGCAUCACAAAAAUGCAUGAUAGCAAGGGUAAAACGGUAAAUCGAAAUUUAAAUUUGCCCCCUUUUGGCCGCCAUCUUGGAUUUCGGUGAAGGCUGCAAAAGGUGCUAGUAUUUUUUUGACGUAAACAAAUCACGUUUGAAAUGUAGAUUUAAAGCAUAUUGGAAUUAGAAACAUGACUUCCUGUUUAUUCAAGUGCUAAAUUAUAACUGCCCGAUGUCCUUUGUAUAAUAACUAGAAAAAAAUUGUGAGGUUUACAAAAUUGUUUCAGAAAAGAGUAAGUAAAUAAAUCAUGGAAAACUUUGAAAGUGCAUUGCAAGUGUGUCGAAUCCCUCGAAAAGAUCAUGAUCCGGAAUCAGUUUCAGAGGUUUCAGCUGAAUGUGAAUUCGCCGCACAUCUCAUCAAGUAUCAAUGCAAUAGGCGAACUGUCUUAUUUCACCAACGAGAGAGAUUCAUAACUCGCUAAGCUUAUUCACACAGAAUUAAGUGAUGAAUGACUGCCCGCAACGACCAAGUGAAAGUAGCCAGCGAAUGACUUUGUAAUGAGCCUAUGCUCAUCCAAUCCCACUUCAGAUUACCUUGAUCCAGUGACGGAAAGCCAAGCUGAAGCCGCUGUGCAUAAGGUUCGCAACAAGGAUCUAGUACUUCCUCUUAGUAUGGAUCGUGAUUUUUUGCUUGGAUGGCCGCUGACUUCUCGGACAGUUUCAUCAUAAUCAUAUUAGUUGUUUUCACAAUGAAAAGAGUCCUCCAGCUCUUCCUUGGACUCUUACCUAUCCUGAGUGACUCCUGCGAAAGACAAGCAAAUCCAGACUCUCUCAACAGCUAGAGCGACGCAUCACGGUCACAACGAAUUAACCAGAGAACGUAACCAGUAGGUUCGAUGAUAUGGUAAUCUUGCAGAAGUUGUAGAUCUCAUCUGGAGCUAUGUUCAAUGAGGUCGCUUAUAGAGUUUAAAAUGGUAAGUAGGACCGGUAGAAGGCGCACAGUAGGCGCGUAGACGUAGUGUUUGACGUGUAGCGCGAGGUGUUGAUCAAAAAUGAUAAAAGACUGAAAAUUAUGUCUACCUCUGACAGUGUACAAUAUAAGAACUUACUCCCUGUCUAUACGGUGAAGUCAUGGAACAGUAUAAAUGCGCACCAGAUAACUUCAUAUGUGCUUAACGAGUGUCUUUCAAAACAGCUGCUCCACAGAAUGUCAUCCUACAGCCUGGUCAUCCUAACCAUCUCUUACUUGAGGGUGCGAACAAUAGAAACGUCAACAUUUCCCACCGAUUCCUCGCGGCCCCUGUUCAAGCAAAUCGACUGGCAAACCAACUAUAUAUUUCAAUUGUAAGUACUCGCCUUAAUAUACACGCGAGCUACCAGAGUGCCUACUCGGGAUUACGCUUUCUGGGCGAAAUCCCUGCGGGGGUAAUGAUCCUCUCGAUGUACGAAUUUCAGCCUCAAACAAGUAUUAGGUCUGAUUGGGGGUCCAGACCUCCUGGACCCUCCCCCUGGGACGUUGGAAAUAACCUUCGGGAAUUCGGGAUUCAGGACUGAUGACGGGAUCGAAGAACUAAAAAGAGCAAAACGAGCUUCGAAAUAGCUCCGGAAGCGAAUAGACUUGUGAUAACAAGUCCCACAACACAAAUAUAAGGUAAAAGUGUUUACUUUCGGAAUCAUUUGAAAGAGCAAUAUUUAUAAUAUAAUCAGCUGUUUAUUGACAUACGUCUCACGCUAAUAAGUUAUAUUGGAUGGAGAGUUUGGGGAUCUUGUGUUAGGGUAUGUCCACCAUAAAACGUAGUUAUGAUACUAAACUGAAAUUAAACCUAUGGUAGCUGGAAACUGAUCAUUACGGUUGUUGGUGAACAGAGGAAAGUAAACCAAUCAAAAUAAAACUGAAACUGUCUACAUAGACUGUUCACAGUCCUCUAUUUUUCCGUAAGAUCAUCGAGAUCGAGAGCUUUGCGUUACGGGCUGCCAUCUUGCCUGAGUGUCAAAACUGCCUACGGGGCGGGGGCGGUUUGGGAGGAAGCGAGAAAAAUCACUGUAGCUCUCGUUCGGGAGGCGUGACAGGAAUUUCACGCCUUUUACCAUUCAUUAAUUAAGAAACUCCGCUGGUAAUGAAAAACAUAGCCUGCGUAGCAGGCGCUUGCAAGUAGUGGGCACAAGAAAAAACGGGCGCGCGAGGAGACACGCGUGUCUCCCUCGCGCGCGCCCGUUCCCUCUUUCGCCCGCUACUUCCCAGCGCCUGCUUCGUAGGCUAUGAAAAACAUGCCAGACACAUUUAGCAUCGAUAACGCGUGUUUACAAAUAUCUCCUUUCGAAACAGUGAUUUUAUAAUGUUUCUGGGCCAUUCCUCGAAAUAAAAUCGGCAAACAUGCACAAGAAAACAUUUUCCUAAUCAAAAUACCAAAAAUCCUUCGUGUGUUUGCGCAAGAUGUACCUUAUGGUAUGAAAGCGUACGUUUAAUAGAAACGUCGACUUGUCAACGACUUGUCAAUGUCGGCAACUUAAACUAAACCCGUUGUCAACCUAAAUUGUCUAAUGACCAAUCUAACGCCUGCGUUGCUGGUACACCGCGCCCCAUGAACGCUAGACUACGAGUAGUCCCCCAUUUCUCCUCAGGGAUAGUAGAGCGUGCGAAACGCGAGCGCGCGUGAAAAUCACCCCACGCGAGUAGCCUGAGAGCAAGCGAGUGAAACAGGUCUCGCGAGAACGCGCGCUCGCUUUUCCCUCGCUCUACUAUCCCUGAGGAAAAAUGGGAGACUACUCGUAGUCUACGUGAACGCGAACUGCAGUAAUGUUUUACAGUCCCUCUAUUUUUCUCGCCCCCCUCCCCCACCCGAACUAUAAUCCCCGACGCCCGCCCCCUCGGUACAUUUGAAAAUCAAGAUAGCCGUGACGGUAAGACGCGGUAUAUCUAAACGAUCUCACGAAAAAAUAGGGGACUGUGAACCGUCUGCUGUCUACAUUUUUGUACCUCCAAGAGCCAUAUUAUGGCUCUUGGUACUUCCUCGUCCACUCGGGGGCUAAAGAUACUGCUUAAACGUUUUUAAUCUAGACCAAGUAAAAAAAGCAAAUUUUUCACCAACCGGAUUUCUGAAAAAGAUGAACGGGUGAGUGCUUUUUUGGGGGGUGGGAGGGGGAGGGCAUUUCCGAUUUCUUAUUAGUCCCAGUCACGUUUUAAACAACGUGAAGCGCAGGUAGAGUGUAUUUUCAAAAAAACAUCAAUAUAGGACCAGGAGCUAGGAAUCAGUAUUAUCUUUGCAUAACUGCUUUGUUUUGUGAAUGUAAGACCGUUGGGUUUUGUUUGUUCUAGCUUUUCCAGUAACAAUCAAUAAAAGCGAAGAGGCGGCCCCAAAAUAUGAAAAGGGCGGUCGGGGACGACAAACAUUUUUUUUCUCGGCCUUAUCUCCGCACUGGCCGGGAUAAUUUUCUGCCAUACAUGUUUGUUGGCUUGCGUCUUUCCUUACAACUUCAGUUCUAUGUCAGAGGUCUGAUACGUGACCACUGUUUGAAGUCGUGGUAAUGCCAAAGAUUAAAUACAUUUGCGGUUUAGAAAAUUUCAGUUAAUUUCGUUUUUCGGCUUUGGUUCGGUUAGGGGCAGCCAAAAGAAAAGCAAAGAAUGGCAUUUUACAUUUUACUUGAAUACGUACAAAAACGUGGCAAGGAAAAUGGCCUGGAGGGUAUGUAACAAAAUUUUAUACAGAAAGGCUCCGCCCCAAGGUCCAAUACCUAACCCUUUAAUAUGACUAUUUUCGACAGAAAAGCGGCCACUUUGGUAUAUCUUUUGAUGACAAAUGAUACCCCUUUCACGUACUAGUUUAAAACGCUGCAUCUGUUUUGCAACAAUAAUAAUAAUUAUAAUAAUUCUCUGUAAAUGCAAUAAUUCAAUAUGAAUAAUUAUCCAAACCAGGGAGUUUUCUAGUCUUUUUCACAUUCAAAAGAUGCGCCUUGUAACCUUUUUGGUCCUGUAACAUACCGGAAUGACAGAUUCCCCUACCCAUUAUAUACUUCAACUGGUGAAAUUCUUACCCUUUCAUAUUACUGAAGCCUGAAAUCAGAGAGCCCGCUACCCCUUUCGGGCGCCUCGUGAUGAAGCACAAUGUUAUUGCACAAUGUUUGCUGGCUUGAGUAAGAGUAAGAGAGCUGCCCUUAUUUCAAAAAGAUGUCCAUAGUCACGAGUUUUGACUGUCCGUUCAAUAUAGCACAAUUGAAAAUACUCGCGGCCGUGGAAUCGAUAGGAAAUACUCGCUUUCAAAGUAGGGUUGCCAUGGCAUUUUAUUAUUAGUCAGAAGCCGGCUCUAAAAGGCCAGCCUCUGGCACUGACACGGUGGCUACUUAAAAAAGAUCAAAAGAGCCGUCAGUGUGGAUGUAUUCUUGAGUAGAAUAUUGAAGCAGAAAAAGAACGUGAACAUACAACAGUAUACAAUUUUUGUAUCAAUUUAUAUAUUAUGUAAUCAGUAGGUUUUAACCCACUUCGACCGGCAUUCAGCUGGGCAUUGGCAGAUAAUUCAAGAUUAAAUGCAGCCCCGCGAUUUAUGAUUGUUAUGAGUCGUUCUUUCCAAUGAUUUUGCUCUUUCCAACGAUUUUGGUUUGCCGCAACUUUAAGGAGCCAAAAUGACAUAGGAGCAUGCAGUCAAAGCAGAUAGACUCAGAAAUUUCAAAGUUAAAAAUGCAACAAUAGUGUGUUCAACCGCAAGUGUUAUAUAAGGUGUAAUAUUGUAGUUACUUCAAGAGAGAGAUAUAAAGCCAUUAUUACUUUGUGGCGUUCCGUAUUUGCCUGCACAACUAACAAAUCCUUGUUACAUUAGAGAGGAUCCCUUUGCUUUAAGCCAGCUCUAGAUUAUCAAGAUAAGAAAAUCUUUGCUGUUUUGAUAUUACUAUUUUAGUCUCUCUUGUUUUAGUUUAACUAAACCUUGUUAGUAGCAUUCCGCUAAAGAACUUCAACUGCAUUCUAAAUUAUUAAUAAAACUAGCAUAGGAAUCCCUGCGCCAAAUAAACAAUACCUUCAUGAUACACCCUGCCAAAGCUCCGUCAACAUAGGAGGUUUGCUCCGCUGUGACCUUUGUUCCCACUCCAACUUAACCUGGAGCACAUGACUCAUUACAGAUGUCCUUGCCCCACCCCUCGUGUUGAGAUUGGAAUCUGUCACUGUGGAACUAAACUCACUCGACAUGGCCCGACUCACUCAAGGCAAUAAGGUCAGUUUAGUUAGUUUUUUCUUUCUUUUAGCAAAGACCGUCUCCACUAGUCUUAAUACGAACGGUAGCACUUGUAAGGGAAACAUUUAAUGUUUCGAAUUUAAAGGAAUACUCACAAAUAUCCGAAAGUUGUUGAUCGUUAGGGCAUAUGUAUUUUGAUCCGUCAUAGCGUGUGUAACACUUGAGUGCGCAGUUGAAAAGCAUUCAACGUAGGCAAGUUUGAAUCUGCUGUUUAUGAAGGAAAAAAUACAACUUUAAACUGCUAUAACAAUUGUUACCGUUUCAAUUCUAAGAAGGCCCGAACAGACGAGAAAAACUACUCAGAUUCAGAUGAUCGUGAAGAAAUUUUGACCGGAGUGUUGGUCAGUGUCACAGCCUUCGGAGUGACUCAAUCACGGAAUCGUAUUCCUUCGCGUUCAAUGCUUAUAGUAUCUUUCAAAAGUAUUUAGCGCGCAUUGGUCGAUGGAAUAGUGUAAAUAUUUCCAAAGAACUGUAUAGUACGUCAAAAAGCACUUUUUGAUUCGAUUAAUUGUAGAAUUAUUCGCUAACGGACUCGGCUGUACAGGGCUGUACAGAGUUUAACACUGGACGGACGGUCACACAUUUUGAAACUAAAAAGGUGUCUUGCAAUAGAGCGAAUCAGUCACGGGAUGACCCGCUUUAAAACUAAACAGCAGAUUUACAAACUGGGAGUAGACAAGUAUGAUCAAGUAUGUUUUAAGCAGUAGCCAGUGAAAUUUCUCAGACUUCGAAUGUAUUGGAAGCGCUAUGGGUCUGUAGUUAUAUCGGAUGUAUUGUAGAACAAAAGCCUCAUAAAGGCGCGCCUCACGUUUAUUAUCUUGUGCCUUAUGAAACAGCAACAAUGAUUUUAUACAUUUAUUACGUACUUGUUUCAUUUUAACUGAAAAACCGCCCAUUUUUACUUUUGACUUAUCAAAUACCUGAUCUAAAUGAACAACAACUUGAAUGUGCAUUUGUGCAGUGAGCCAUUUCAAUCCGCCCUUCAUAGCAACAGGAAUGUGUAGAAAGAAUUCCCAAAGAAGCUCGGUUUUCUACCGACUGUUUUCUCUCUGUUUUCUCACUGCCUGAUGUCAUACUUGGAAAAAUCAUUCUUCUGAUGAUUUUUGCCCCUACAUUCCUAAAAUAUAAUAAAUUUGUUUUAGCCUUCUGGUGACUCAAUUAUCACAACACGUGAAGUCGAUUUUAAUAAAAAGGCCUUUUGACUCCUAUCACUUAUUUUAUUUUCCCUGACUGGUGCAAGAAAACAGUUACGUUGUGAAGUUGUGUGGUUCACUGUGCACAAAUAACCCAGGAAAACCAGACUUUAGAGUCUAAGAAGGCCACAUUUUGCUUGUUUUUCGUUGCGUGAUAGAAGGAUGAGAGCUUCUGACUUGUGAAAUUUACAUAAAUUGAAUGGAACCUUAAACUUAAUACAGUGUAUUUCCCACUUCUGGCCCGGUCUUUCGUUUCACCAAGACAGCUACCCUCUACUGUUAUUAAUGACAUCUUCUGUGCGCUGUUACAAGGUGGAUCAGUCUUAGUGCACGCAAGGGCUUAUACUCAGUGCAUAGCAAUUCACUAAGUUGUUUAUUGUUUGUGCAUGUGUAAGUGCGAGAAGAAAAUUAAAGAUGCACGAGCGUUUACUUCUACAUCGUAGCUGUUUAAGUACCAAUAAGCCUUUAGGACAUCGAAGUUAAUGCACCUUGAGGUCUGACUGUUUUAGUAGCUUGAAAUUGUCGAUGCUUCUCCUCUGGGUUAUAAGCAAUACGUAUAUACAUCAAGGCGGGCUUAGCAUGUUGAUGGAGUACAUUCUAACACGCGCAGUAUCAGUAGGUCCCUGAAAUAAGAGUUCAUUUCGAAGGCAUUUAACUCCCUACUAAGUUUGAUAUCAUGACACGCUUAAUGAUUUCCAAUCGCUGAAAUUCUAACAGGUGACAAAUAGAGAUUCUAUGAGUUAAAUAUCUUUGAAUGUCGCUGGUGAAUAUAUAAUCCAUAAAAAUUUGAAGUGGAGAGAGUUGGACUCAUUUGUGAGCUGUCCCUAUUGCUUUUUCUGCCACCCGGCACAAAAACGUGUACUAUUUAUUUCUUUGUUACUGGUGAAAGACUUAUACAACAUUAUUUGUUUAAAAAUGAAAGAAGAAAUGACUUGAAGGUUUUUUUGUCAGUUCAACAAUCAAUCAACUCUUGAUCUGUGAGCUAGCUGCCGCAUUAAAAUUUGUCUGAAAAAUUUAACAUAAGUAAGUAGAAUUGUUGAUAUUCUAGAACAAAACAAACACAAGUAUAAGGCACUGUCAACAACAACAGUCCUAUUAAGGACUACGUUCGCCCGGACGAUCAAACUCAACCUACUUUUGAAGUUUCACAUUUGUUGAUCAACAAAAUGUCUCAUGCCAUGUUGAAUGUUGUAUAAGUGGGCAUUCCAACUUGUAUAAUCACUUCAUUGAACGAGAAAAGAGAAGGGCUCUCUACUCUUUUCAACCUGUUGCUACUAUUUGUUGAACAACGAGGCACUGGCUUUUAAGACCAAACUAUUGCCGAUAUGUUUAUAUUGUAAUCACUUAACUGGGCAAUACUUCGGCACUGUCCUGUAUUACAAAAAAAAAGCAAGGUUGACACUGGUUUACUUUAGUUCGCGUGUCAAUAAAAGGUCGAUUACAGCUUUUUGCCAGUUACGUACUUUACUCGAAUGAUCGUUUGAGCUCCAUUUGGACGAUCAAGCUUUGAAUUUAUAUUUAAUAUUAGUAUUCAAUUUUAUCCUUACUGUUGAAUAUUUAUUUUUCUUUAAUUAAUACUCACAAAUAAUUACUUUACACAAUGAUGCCGGAUAAAUUCAAUUGAACCUGACAGACUAAGUUGAACUGCAUGGAACCGAUGGGCAAUGAACAUCUCGAAAUACAGUACUAGACAAAUUGGAAUUCUGCAGUGAAUUUAUGUGGGUUCUGAAGUCGACUGGUAAUUAUGCAUAUUAUAGGUUUUAUUUUCGAAGGGAUCAGUUGAACGUGUGUUAUAGCCAAAUCCAUUCGGUGUUAGAUCGCCAUUGGUAUCUCGUUUUACUUAGUAAAUCAUUUCUCUAUCUUUAUCGAUAGCUUUAUGAAGAAAUAUUUUUGCCCAGCUCGUGAUCUCAAUAUGAAAGACCACCGAGGCUCCACUAAGUAUAGACCUAUUUUUACCUAUGGCGUCACCGAAACUGUGGAUCCACCAUAAUCCACCGCACUCAGAACGCUCAUUUUGUACACUACUUAUAACGUGCAGUGCGUUUACAACUGAGUGUGUGAAUUCAAAUUUACCUGUAACGUUAAGUGUACUCUCCACUUCAUUUUGAUCGACUCGAAUCCUGUUUUGCAAACGAAACUGAUCACACACUUUAAUUUUCUCCAAGUAAUAUCAUUGACGCCACAAUAAAAAUUGCAUGGGGAAGAAGGAAUUUCAGUUUUAUGAACAAGUCGAGCAUUUUCGUACCCCAGGUACCAGAGACUUUUCAAUGGGCGGUCUCCGUAUUUUGGACAAUUUAUUUAAUUUCAGUUUUCACUAGCUUUAAUUGCCUCUCGGUUAUACAAAUUAUUUUCAUUUUGUUUUAACAUUCAGUCUUUUUACAAGUAAACAAUUGCUUUUCCUUCCUAUUUGUUUACAGUUUUUGCUAUAAUAGCGGAGAAUACAGGUUUGCGCGAUUUUGAAAUAAAUUACAAAGCCGAUGUGCCGGGCCUACGCACCCGACGGUUUGGCGCGCGAGUUUUCAAACUUUUUGUAACGAUCGAAAUCGGUAGUUACGCCUGAUCGUAGGUAGUAGAUAGUAGUUCGAAGGUUCAAUCGUUAGUUCACACAAAUCGAAUCCCCUUGUCCUCGGCACUGAUCUUGGGGAACAGCGGUGUUUUAAAUUCCUAAUAAGGCAGUUUGUAUCCUUAAACAAAACGAAAAUAAUUUGUUCCAUGACCGAUCAGAAACCGUUCUUUGCCUGUGGUUUCUGUGUUGUGAAGAUCUCACCUGUGAUUGGUUGUAACACAAUAAACAAUCCAGACAUAUUUUAGGUGUUCACGCCAAUAUAAUCACCGCUGUAAAGGGUUAAGCAUGGAGUUAGAAAGAGUUCCAUUCUAAAACAAGAAGGUAAAGGCGCACACGAGGCAAAGGCCCACAUGACCUGAACUUAUACCGGUUUCCGAAGCAUGAAGCAAACCCAGGAAUAUUGCUACUCCCCCCCUGGACGGGGUGGUAGUCCAUCGCAGGGUUACCCCCCAGCAGUAUGUUGCCGGUACCCAUCUAUACACCUGGGUGAAGAGAGACAAAGUAAAUUAAAUUUGUUGUUUAAGGAAACAACGCGACGGGCGAGGCUUGAAAUUCUAAAACAAUAUCAGCUUAAAAUAUGUAUUUUUUUAAAAAAAUAUGCUUAGGAAAACACCCCAAAAAAAAAAAGAAUUUCCAGUUUUGAAAAUCAGCACAACUUUACCAGGCACUGCGAAAAAUAGAGGUGUUUGGAGUUUUUUCCUUUCUCUUUUAAAUCUUUCCUCCUUUACUCGACUACAUUUAGGAAUUAUUUCAGUAUGUAAUUUAAAUAAUUUUCAAUUACUGUCUGCCGAAGAAUCAAAAUAUGGCAUUUUUAUGCUCUCCGUCGUCUUAUGUUGCUUUUACUCACAUGUUAACUUUGCUAAUUAAUACUCUUACGUAAGCUGCGAUGGUUUGAGUGGGAUCUUAAGUCUUCCGUAAUCGGCGUAGAGCUCCCUUAGGUCAAGAAUAUAUGGUAAAGCUUAUCACAUGCGGAAUGAAUGGCUAGAUCCGAGCAGAAUUAGAAGCGAGCAUAAUAAGCUGUUUUUAGCUUCUAGAAUAAUUUGUGCCUAUAAAUAACCUGGUCAGAUUGAUUCCAUUGCUUACUCUCACUCCAAUUAAACUCCAAUUAAACUAACAAUGUUCCUAUUAUUUUGCUUAGUUUCUUCACCACCGCUUAACUUUGAUGUAAAAGGAAGCAUCUCAAAAAAUCAAGAAACCAAGGCAACGAGAAGGUAUAUCAAGAAAAAACAAUGGCAGAAAGUUGUGUAAAGAUAGAACUAGAGGAAGAGAGGACUUCCACAAGGAACGGCGAAACCAGCAGCGAAAUGGUUGUCUUCACAACUGAAACUCCCGUUACUGUUAAGCAAGAAGAAACAGAGACAUCUUGCAACAUGAGUGGCCAAGAGAGUACGAAUUUACCCAUUACCUCAGCAGGCUAUGCGGAACAUUCCUUUGUAGAAGUACGAGCCCUUGAUGACGUAUUGAAUAUCCAAAUAAGUAAUGUUCAAGGUUCACUUCCAUUCCAAAAUGGUUCUGAUGAAGAAAUACCGUUUUUAGGCAAGCAGAAAGAAAACCAAAUGGAUAAAUCGCUAUUUAGUGAUAAACAACUCAAAUCAAAUUUUCGUUACAACAACCAUGGGAACAGUGUAUCAGAGGUUCAAGAAUUAUAUCAAGACGUGGAAUUCGCUAAAGAUACAGCCACACAAAAGGAAACUCAUUCUAAGGAGAAUGAAUUGCGAUCUCCCAUAAGUCAAACUAGAUUUUACAAUGGGAUACAAUUGGCCGAUAUAGCAGAAAAAGAGAAAGAAAUAUAUUGUCAUUCAAGGUCUUCCCACGAAGAAGUAUCAAGUGCGGAAAACCACCCUGCAGGCGGUUCAACAACGGUAUUUUCAGCUUUUCAAGCGAAUAACGAAUCCAUGUUUCCAGUAUAUCAGAUGGGUAACGACAAGGCGAUGCGGGCAAACCAGUUUGACACCCAGAAUGGCACCCACGAAACGGCAUCAUCUUAUCAAACUGGCAUCAGCAAGGUUCCGUCGUCAAAUGAGAUCUUAAACGAAAACAUCCCUCUUUACCACGUGGGUACUGUGAAAGAAAUGGCAGCUUCACAGGCAAGACUCAUCGAAGGGGAACCACGAUAUCAGGUCAGGAACUAUCAACCAGAAGUAUCGGAGUCUCUAGGUGGUCAGGUUGUCAAUUCUGGCGAAUCCCUCAGGUUUAACCAGGGACAGAUAAACGACGCAGGGCUAAACUAUACCAUGAACGCCAUAUAUAAGUGCUGUAAGUGUGGCUGCCAUUCAUCAGCGCAGAGUAACCCUUACUACGGCCUUCCACCUGGUUUAGAAAGCCAGCGCCCAUCAGUUAUUAUGGUUCCUGUAAACUGGAACAGCAUAGCGUCUGGGACGUCGCACAUGCCUUUGAAGGUAGGACGGCAGUUGAGGUUUCUUGCGUGUUUUAGUAGGAGUCUUACGAAACUACGACGGUGACCGCAACGGGAACGACAAAACAACAUUAUAACAUAGCUAGAAAAUUCGCCUAAUCAAAUUCAAUAGCGCGAGCGUGCUUCAUAUUCCUAUUGAGCACGCUGAUGACGUCAAUAAACUAUUCGUAAUUCCUCGAGUUGUUGGGAGCUUAGCAAUCCUGAGUCUCCCGAGUGCAUCCAUAACUCAGCAAUAGACAAUGAAGCGUUUACCAUGUGUUUUAUAAGGAAAUUUAAGAGGAAAGGUUUGAAUUUGUUAACCGAUAGUAAGGAAAAGAGGUGAGUGUUGUUGUUGUUGUCAUCUCGGCGAGCUGUGCGGGCUAUGGCGUGAGAUCAUUCUUUGCAAAGUUGUUUUCUCUCAAUAACAAUUUUUCGGUAAAUUAAAAGUUUUCCGGCACCUAAAUAUGGAUUUUGCAAUCAUUUUAGAGUACACUUUCUCUCAGUUUCAGGAUAAAAACAUAAGAUUAACUGUGAGGAAAAAAAAUAUAGUCACGUAAUCAUUAACGCGUACUGCUUAAAAUUUUCAGUUAACUGCUGCAUUGAUCGCUUUGAUAAUGUUAUAAAACAAUUAGUUCAUGCUGCAGCUGUGCGUAUGUCGAGAUAUUGAGCACUUGGGAAGUUUGGAGAGCACUCAAAAGGCUAGAGUUGCACUCGGCUGCGCCUCGUGCAACUCUUACGCCUCUUUCGUGCUCUCCAAACUUCCCGCGUGCUCAAUAUCUCGACAUACGCACGCUGCCGCAUGAACUAAUUGUUAAAUAGGUUUAGUGACAAAAACAACACUCUGCACGUGCAUCACGCUUUUCUGUACAUUUCUUUGCCGUCCCUGCACAAGUACGACGUGAAAUGACCAAAUGUUAAGUUUACUCGAGAACGGGAACCGGGCAAGGCGAUAAAUUCUACCAUCUCUGUCUGAACUCAGGCGUGGUGCCUUAAUUCUCUUUAACUCUAAUCCAAAUUCCUUUCUUUUAAGUAACCGGACGACUUGGGAUAAUCACAAAAAAAAGAGUAAAACGAUUGCGAAGUCUAUUUUUCAGCGACGUUUUCAUGGACGUCGAUGUUGUUGGAUCGUAAUGUCCCUAGUAAGUCACUGCCGGCGUUAGCUUAACCCUUUCACUCUUAGAAAAAUUAUGGCCAGAUUGUUUGCCUCUCUGAUUUCGGCAAGCCUUGAUUUUUUCAGGCUUUUUUUCGUAGCUACAUAAGUUGCGUCUUCAACUACGAUGUUCCUCUUCUCUUCUUCCGCUGUUAGUAUCCCAUUGUAUUCCACAGUCUAGUGUGCAUGUAUACCCAGAUUGUGUUCUUAAUUGUAAUGAAAGACGUUGUCACCACAGAUGUUUUGACUUUUCAGAAUUUAAAGGCUGGCGAUUCGUAACAUGGGAAGCCGAUUGAAUUUUACGCAAAUGAUACGUAAAUAUUGAGCGCAAAAGGAAAAACCACACUUCCCUUAAGAAACAAAAGCAACGUAUGAGGGAUACAUGGAUACCGAGAAAAUUUGAAUCUGCAAGAUUUUUAUGCCGUGAAAUGUUGAUGCUGCUCGUAAAACUGCAGUAGAUUGACCCAGUAUAAAAGUGGGUUGAUCGAACGGUAUUCACCGGAUGUCUCGUAAACAGCCCUUAAUAUUUCUUAUGGUAUUAAGUAACCUGGUCCCCAGGGCUUUUCCCUCAAAAAAUGGGAAAAGCCCUGGGGACGAGGUUGGGUAUUAAGCAUCGCGUUUACGACAAACGGCAAGUGUGAGAUUCAGGUUGAGAAAUUUUCAAAAUGACAAAUGAACAGCCAAAACACCUUAAAACAAUUUUUAUGGAUUGAGUUGGCGUAAAUCUACCGAUUUUCGCGCAGUUAUAAUGAACAGCAAACGACAAGUAAAGGGGAAACUUGGUCACGUGGUACAAAUUCACGUUUGCCUUUUGCCGUUUGCUGUAAGCGAUGCUCUAUUACAAUUACUAGUUAACGUUUACCUGCACUGUAACAUGUUGGCUUAACGUCGGCCAAUAGGUUGAAGUAAUUUUUUUGAAGCCUAUCAUUAAAAAGGGGAAGUGUGAUGUAACGUUACUAUGGUACCAAAAUUCCUGAAUCUCAACAAUCUUUCUUGACCAGAGAUGGCCACUUGCAUUGCCGAACGAUGGAAGGAAAGGUAUGGGCUAUCGUUUUGUUCCUGAGAGCAAUCAUGCGAAGAGAAGUCAUACAUGUCAAUUUUUGUCUUUUUCUGCCACAUUUGCAGUACCACGGAUUGUUGAGAUCCAGAAAUUUUGCUACCAUGGUACCUUGGCGUUGUCACUUCUCCUCCCUGUUGUGUUAAUUCUUGCCCCCCAGAGCCUCUGGUUUCGUUUGAUCACGUGAUCAACAAAACUAGUUCCCCAAGUUUUCACUACCUUUACUGUAAUACUGUUUACAUAAGCAAUCAAUGAUGUUUUUUUGUCUCUUUUGCAGGGUAAUACACCUUACUCGCUAGCCUCAAAAAAUUGGCGAAACGUCUCUAAUAUUGCGGUAAGCGACGUUUUUACGUUAUUUGAUUGUUUUUUUUUUUUUAACGAAAGCUUUGACUUGCAGAGUAAUUGGUAAAAUUGACAAAUUCAUGAAGAAAUAUAACUGUCACUCUCACUCACUCUGAAAUCUUAGAUUUCUACUGGAGUUUCUGAUUUCUCGGCCAUUUAACUCAAAUACGCGCUUUUGUAUCUUUUAAGGGUCAACAAUUUGAGUCUGAUUCAUCUGACGACGAUGACGACGAACGAGAAGAUAGAUAUUUUCGAUGGAACAUUGAUGGCACAACAACGAGGUUCAAGCUGACACGUGAAGACUGGGAAAGGAUUCCAAUAAAUACCUUCCCAAGCGGUGGCCGACUGUUGAGUGGCGACUGGACAAGAAUCUUCCUUGAAAAAGUCAAAGAAAGCAACCCAUGGUGCAGUUUGCGCUUCAAAAAUAAUCACGUGAGAUCAGAAAACUCGCGCAAAAUCCACUCCGCGGUUUUCUUCAGAGGAGGCGCAGAAUGCAAGCGACCAGAGUGCAAUGUGAAAGUGCGAUUUGUCAUCCAGAAAGAGAGAGGAAAAUAUGUGGAUGUGUCGUAUGUUGGCAACGUGUGUCACAGCAGCCGGCCUGGAGUGAGUGAUAGCGCCAUUAGACGAAACAAGCGAGUUCGUCGGACGAAUUCGUCUUGA